AAGAUUCAUUUUCAAUUCUCUUUAUAUACAGAAGAUCAGUUUAGCAUACAUUAAGUAAAGAUUUCAACAGUUUGCACCCACAUAGAAGCACGAAGUGAAAAAUACUGUUUGAGUACUAGUUAUAGCAUUAAAUCUCAAUGUACAGCACACUAAGGACAGAGAUCCUACAUGAGGAGUAAGUGACUCCUGUUGUUGACUUAACAAUUUGACACUCUUGUUUAUAGCAUCAGUAAUCACCCUAGGCUCUUGUCAGGAGUUGCCAAGGCUAUGGAAGCUUUUGAGUUCGCGGACAUUGAUCUUAUUUAGACAAGGUUGUAGUCAGAGUGGAAGUUCUCUCCUCCUUUCAGAGAAAGGUACCUCCUUCUUUGAUGACCUGUUCUUUCCACUGGGAUCUCACUCGUGGAGAUCUUUCAUUUAGGUAUUUUUUUUUUUUCCCCAGAGUGUCUUGGCUUUCCAUGCCUGAAAUACUCUCUUGUUUUUAAGGUUUAUUAAAAGUAAAACAUUUAAAUGACAUGAAGCUAUGUCAGGGAUUAGUGAAUGAGUAAAUUACAAAAUUAAGUGUAAUCUGACUGAUGAUUCCUAGGUGAAUCUUUCAAUUACUUGUUUUAUUAUUUUUCUAAAUAAAAAUAAGAGCACAGGGAAAAGGAUUAUUGUUAUUUUGAAUAAGCAACUAACCCAGCAUUUCAUCAUGAGUUUCAUUGAUGUUCCAGCAUGUGAAUGGAAAUCAAGUCAGUGCUGUUGAAUUUCUUUUAAUAUAAGAAUGAAAUUAAUCUAGAAACAGAUUUUAUAAGGUAUCCUACUACUGACAUAUUUAUUGUACAUGGUAAAUCUGUAUGUUUUGCUAAAGAACAUAAUUAGUUCCAGGAUUUCUUUGUGAAAGUGACCCAUAUCGUUUUUUGAUAAUUAAUCCUACUCUAACAACUGGAUACGGAAAUAUCUUAUUACUGCAUUUCCCAUCCACUUUUAUUAGUUAAAUGGGUACUAUAGGUGUGUGAUAUGCUAAGCCCUUCAGUUUGUCUCAGGUGACAGAUUAGCCUGCCAGUCCCCUGGUAUACAAAGGGUCACUAGUUUAUGACCCCUUUUAAUUAGCACUUUCUGGGACCGACAUUUCGGCAUAGUGUAUAAAGCCGCCAUCUGCUAUACCCACAUCCUAUAUGGCUGCUGGUUUGAGUUGUGGCUGCUCCACUUCUGAUCCAGCUCUCUGCUAAUAGACCUGGGAGAGCACAGGAAGAUGGCCUAAGUGUUUGGAUCCCUGUAUCCACAUGGGAGACCUGGAAAAAGCUCCUGGCUCCUGGCUUCUGUUUGGCCCAGCCCUGGCUGUGGCGGCCAUUUGGGGAGUGACCCAGUGAAUGGAAGACUUCUCUCUCUCACUGCCCCUGCCUCUGCCUCUCCCUGCCUCUGCCUCUCCCUCUCUGCCUUUCAAAUAAAUAAAUAAAUAAAUCUUUAAAAAAUUUAGCAGUUUCUACUGUCUUGUUAUGAAGCAUUCAACAGCUAACUAGUGCCUCAUAUUUAUAUACAUGUAACGUUAGCAUCCCACUUCUGGUACUGGUUUCUGUGAUUGUUUGGGUAUGACCUAAGCUUCUGUAAUAGACACUGCACCAAAACACUGUGGCCCAGUGAAGAUAGAAGCUUAUUUUUGUCUUAUGUUCUGUUUCUGUUUAAGGCAAACAGGUGGUUCAGGAAGGACAGAUUCUUUGAGUGAUGCUCAUUUCUUUUAUUUGAUCGCUCUUGGAUCUUCUGUUGUGCUGUCAUCCUCUGCAUGGUUGAAGUUGCCUCAGUUCCAGAUGUUUGUGUUCCAGCCUGUGGGAAGCACAUGACACAGAAAUCACACGUGACAAUUCCACUCGUGGUCCAUUGGUUAGAGCUUUAUCUUGACCACUUCUAAACUCAAUAGGAGAUUGGUAGAUAUAGUCUCUCAGUGGACAACCAUGGACCAUGGGAGCAGCUAAAACUGCUACUAGGAAAAAAGGAAAAAUGAGAUUUUGGGCAACACCUGGUAAUCUGCCACAGUUGCUUAACUUCUCUGAAUCUUGGUUUCUUAAUUGCUAAAAUGUGAGAAUAAUUGCAUCUACUUCAGUGUGUUGUCUUGAGGGUUAGGAAAGGUAAUACUGUUUACAGUUUCUGAUACAUAACAUAUAUCAAAUGUUAACUCAGGAGAUAAUUUUUUUCUAAUGAUAAGAGUAACUAUAUCUUUAUUUUUUCAUUUUAGUGUUAAAGAAUUCAUAAUCAGUGUUUAUUUGACUUCAGGAAAAUUAUACUAUUUAAAGCAAUAAAACUUAAACACAUAGAAACUAUAGAUACUAGAGACCCUUAACACCUAGAGUGGCUUUUUUGGUUUGCUUUAAACUAUUUUUAAAUAGUAUUAUUAAUGGUAUUACCUUUCACACUGUUUCUUAGAAUGGUUUUAUGCAGAUAAAAUAUAAGUAGGUUUUGAGGUAAGUAGUCCAUUAGAGUAAAUUUAAUUUCACUUUCAAAAAUCUUAGUUUUUUUCUUUUAAAAUGGGUCAUCGCUAGAAGCAGUUCAUUUAUUUGGCAAGAUAUUCUUAGCAUAUGAUUUGCUGCACAAGAGAAAAUUGUAAAAUGCCUCUGUAAUGUGUGAAGUUAUUUUCUGGCCUUUGGCUCAGGGAAGUAAAUAGAAAGCCUCUAACUAAAAGAUGAAAAAUGAUCAAAUAACACACAAGUAGAGAGAAUUUACGUUUUAAAUGAUCUGGGUUGAAUUGUCAUUGAUAAAGAAACAUUUAACUUCAUGACAAAGCUUUCUUUAAUUUUUUAUAGACAAUUAUUUUUGAACAAAUUAUUUUGUGUUUUGGUUUUGUUACACAUUAAUAUCAACCUAUCAGUUGUUAAGGAUCAUUCAUUUCAUAUUUUGAAAGCAGUUCUUGGUAGACUAAGUUCUUUGUCAAGAAUGAUGAAAAAUGACUAUGUAGAUAUCAAGGCUUUUCAUUAGCUUUGUGAAAUUAUAUGUUUAUAUUUUAAAAUCAGAGUAUAAAUCCAUUGGAAAUGUGUUUAAAGAUGAGGAAGCUGACCUUUAAAUCUCUGUUCAUUAACCCCCUGCUUUCUUUAAUGAGGAUAUAAAAAAUAAAGCAAAAUGAAGAACAUGUUAAAUUUAAAAUCUUUUUUAAAUUUAGCAUCUUGAAAGCAUGUUCAUUUGUUGCAUAAGAAUCCUUCUUUGGUUUGCUAUUUUUUGGGCAAAAUGCUGAGAGAAUAUGGGUACCAUCUGCUUUGUCAUCAACAAUUUUAGAUUAAAUCUGCCAAAUUUAGAUUGAGUUCUCACUGAUUUAACCUGCAGCUUUUGGUACUUGUUUUCUUGAUUUCUGGAACAGCUUCUGGCUUAUUUUGUGGCUGAGCUGAAGAUGCUCUUUAAGUUUAAUGAAACAGGGACUGGGCUACUGCAGCCACCAGCCUUGUGAUCAGUUAUGUUGGAUUUCAUUGUGAACAUAGUGGACAUCACUGGACUAAACAGAGUUUUGAAAAUUACCCAAUGCUUUCUCUGUUUAAUUAGCACAUUAUUAUCUAGGCUCUGUUUAUGUCUGUGAAGAAGGAGUUGGAAUGCUUAUCUCAAAAAAAAAAAAAAAAAAAAACCACAAAAACAGAAAUUACCACUCAGCUUUCAUUAUGUUGUUUACUAGGCUAUACUGCUCAUUAAACUUUUACUUGAUACUCUAUUUUAAAAAUUUUUAUUACUGUCUAUAUAAGUAUGAAAUACUUAAUGAUUCACUUAGAGAUAAUUAUAUUUACUAUCAAACCUCAAGUAUAAGUUAAUAUUGCAAAGAUCUAUAGUAGGAGGCCUGAAGUUGAAGAACAUAUGGAAAAAUUAAGAGAGAAUAAGGAAAAAUAUUAAUGAAUCCUUAAAGUUUUUUCUUUCUCCAGCUUUUUAAAAAAUAUUUAUUUAUUUAUUUAUUUUAAAGAGUUAGAGAGAGGAUGGAGAGAGAGAUCUUCCACCUGCUGGUCUGCUCCCCAAAUGGCUGUAUCCACCCGAGCUGGUCUGAUCUGAAGCCAGGUGCCAGCAGCUUUUUGUAGGUCUCCCGUGUGGGUGCAGGGGCCCAAGCACGUGGGCCAUCUGCUUUCUCAGGCCAUUAGCAGGGAGCUGGAUUGGAAGUGGAGAAGCCGAAACUCAAAUGGGUGCCCAUUUGGGAUGCAGGCAAUGCAGGCUACGGCAUUACCUGCUAUACCAUGGCACCAGCCUCUAUCUAGUCUUUAAUUUUGAAAAAUUGCUAAAUGUUGGAAUAAAAGGAAAACAUAUAUAAUCGUAAUACUUUUCAUCUAGAUCAAUUGUUAAUAUUCUAUAAUAUGUUAUUUUGUAUAUACAUUUUUUCUGAACCUUUUAAAAUAAUUUGUAGAUACUAUUAAACAUUACCCAUAAAUACUUGAAUACUUCCUAAGAAUAAAGACAUUUCCUACCACUCCUAAGAUUAUUAUUAUUUUAUUAAUUUGAAAGGUAGAGUGACAAAAAGGGAGGGAGGAAGGGGGACAGAGAGAGACAGGUAGAGAUCUUCCAUCUGCUGGUUCACCCUGCAAAUGUCUGAACAGCCAGGGCAGGGGUAGGCUAAAGUCAGGAGCUUGUAACUUCAUCCUGAUCUCCUGUAUGGGUGUCAGGGACCUGGGUACCUGGGCUAUGUUUGGCUGUUUUCCCAGAAGCAUUUACAGGGAGCUGUAUGGGAAGCAGGGCAGGUAGGAUUUGAAUUGGUGCUCUGAUAAGAGUUACCAGCUUCUCCAUGUUGUCCCCCCUGAGAUUAUUAUUGUUGCUGAACUUUAACCUAAUUAACCUCAAUUCAAUAAUAUCUCAUGUAUAUUUUAUUUCGAAGUUAUCCCACAACUUUUGUUUAUUUUGACUUAGGAUGCAAUAGCAUUUUACACAUUGCAUUUGACUGUCAUGUGUCUUCUUUUUAAUCUAGAAAAAGUCCCCUGUAUUUUGUUUUGUUUUGUUUUAUGAUGACUAAUUUGGAGAGUUUAGGCCAGUUGAGGCAUGUUCUGUAUUCUGGCUUUGUCUGCCUGCUUCUCAAGUUUUAGGUUGGGGUAAGCAUUUUUGGCAAGAAGACAUCUGAGGUGAUGGCCACUUACUCCAUCUCAUUGGGAAGCAUGUGAUGUCUGAGCAGCCUGGUGUGGGUGAUUGUGGAGGGAUCACUUGGUUUAGUGGUGACCACUGUAGCAUUCCCACAUGCAAGUACGUUUGUCCUUUUCUGGUUAGUUUCUGUGGGACAAUGCUUGUGAUCAUGCAGAUGCCCUGUAACCCACUCUUUUUUUCCGAGGUACUUUUAGCAUGCGUAGAUAAUUCUUACCUGAAUUAAUUACAUUGGAGAUUGUGAAGGGAUUAUUUUCUAAUUCUGUCAUUUAUUUUUCAUUUAAUAGAUGACAUCUGCAAGAACUUUCCUUGCAUCCCUCCACUUGCCUUUAAUAUAGAUUAAUUGGUUUUUAAACCUGCUAUAAUUCAUUAUCAAUAUUAUAGAUGCACAGAUUGUUUAUGUGUAGUUAGUAGGUGCCUUUUAAAGCCAGCUUCUGUGUUCAUUACACAUGACUCUUGUAGCCUUUGAAUGCUUCCUUAUUUGGGAAAGAACAUUUUUAUUUGAAUAAAAUAAAGUUACAGUAUCUUAAAAAAUUGUUUUUUGAUUGAUUUGAGAGAGAGAGAGAGAGAGAGGAAGAAAAAUAGGGAAAUCAGGAGGGGAAAAAUGGGAUCAGCCUGAAGCUAGGAGGCAGGAAUGCAAUCUAGGUCUUUAAGUGGGUGGCAGGACCCUGAAUACUUGAUCCAUCUCUGCUGCCUCCUAGAGUCUGCAUUAGCGGAAGUUGGACUCAGGAACCGGAGCUGGGCAUUGAACCUAGAUACUCUGAUAUGGGUUGCAGAAGUCUUAACUGGCAUCUUAACAGCUAGACUAAAUACUCACCUCUAUUUUAUAAAAGUAAAUAAAGGUAGUUUAGGCAUUUUACACAAUUAAUUUCCUCUAUCAUUUUAAUGGGAUAUUCUCAUUUCCUAUAGUUUUAGUGAUGAGUAUAUAGCUUUGAUAUAUUGAAGAUGAUCAGCAUUUCUGGGACCAGUUUUGGGUGUGGUUCUUGAAGCUGGUCCUUUUCUGAUUUGUGAUCCAGAAUAAAAGCUCCAGCAUACUGCCUCCUGAGACCCUCCGUGAUCCCGGAGAGACAAAUAACAUAGAAGCUUAAGAUGGAAACAGAUCUUUGGGGCAGUGCUCACGUGCACUUCUUCCUUGUCCUUCCAAUUUAUCUGCUUGUUGGAAAUACAUUUUAUUGGUGCUCAUUUUCAAUUACCUACCCCACAUUUUAGUUGGAAAAACCUCAGUAGCUUCUCUAUAUCCACUUCUCCUCCUUUUUAUAUUUCUGCCUUUCUCUAAGUAUUAACCACUGAAGUUGCCAUUGAAAACAGUUUAAAUAAAAAACUCAUACAGGUAAAGUAUCAUUACAUUUUAAGGAGUGAAGUCUUAUCAGAAAUAGAUGCGGUUAAGUAUACUGCAUUAAAUUCCUGUUUUGUAAAGUGCUGAUGUAAGUGACUUUCUUCUUUAUAUCUUUUUAUGGUAUUUGUAAAAGUUUAGUGCCAGUACAUAUACUUGUGGUGGUAUUUCUAAUUUGGUUGGAGGUUGGGAGAGUUUGGAGGUGGGGAAGGGAAGGAACUGAAAGAAUCUGACUAGCCUGACAUUUAUUCCACGGUGUGUUGUGUAUGGAAAUUCUGUUUAACCACCUGUGAAUCUAUUCAGCACAUUAUUUAGACUGCAUUUCUCUGUGGGCUCCAAGAAUGUUUUAAGAGACUCAAUACCUUGCUGAAAUCUAGAUAUGAUGUCUAAAGCAUUAUCAUAACUAGCUGUUCUCAUAUGAGUAAUCCUGUCAAAAAGGAAAUAAAGUAUUUGGCAGAAUAUAUUUUUCUCAAAACCAUGCUGGCUUCUGCUGAAUGCCUCUUUUUAUUGUCCCUCAGUUCUCCUAAACCACUUAUUAAUCCACUUUAGAGGUACACGGGUGGGACUUCAAGCCCUGUGGUUUUCUGAACUUGCCCUUCCUCCUAACCUUUGCCCAUCCCCAGACAUCAGCCCUGUUCCUGCAGCUGUGUGUUGGCUGUGCUGCUGAGACAGCAGUCUGAUCAAGAAGCCGCUGUUUGCGCCUCUUUCACAGGAAAAUUAUUCUUGUUGAUGGAUCAGGAAAAUGUCUAUAGAGUCCAUUUUGAGAAAAGCUGACUUAAACUACUUUUCUGGAAAUGCCUGUUGACUAUUUGAGUAAAGGAGAAGUCUUGGAAUUGAAUGGUAAAAUAUGUAUUUUUUUAGAUUGAGAAAAAAUAGGCUUGCAGUAAGGGGUUUCUUAGAGCUCACUUCCCUAGAGCAAGAAUGGGAGUACAGGGACAUCAGGAUCUCAGUGAAGAGACAAGCACUGGGACCCUUGCAGAGUGUUCUCUGCAGCAGAAGCACCACCAGGGUGCUUCUUAGAAAUGCAGACUCCUAGGCCCCACCCCAGCCCCGUUGAGUCAGAAUCUGAACCACUGUCUUCAGGUGGUUCACAUACAAAUCAGCUCUGAGAAGCACUGGGAAUCCUUCUCAUGAGUGUGUCCCUCUGCAGGUUAACUAGUUGAGAGAUGAGAUUCCUCACAAUUACCAAAUAGCAUAUUUAGGGCUGUCAUUUUAGAGUGGAAGCAUGUAUUGUGACCUGUUGGCUCAGUACAGCUGUUGGAUGAUGACCUUCUCCACACCGCUCCUUCCAAGAUUUAAAGAGAGCUUUCCAAAUACCAAAAAUAGUAUUUUCAGAAAGUUACUUUUGUAGUCAUUUUCUACUCAUAGGCUAGAGUACUCUUCCUUUUCUCUGCUUUACAGAUCCUUUGCAUGGUGAUACCAUGUGGUUAAAUUGUUAAAGGUGUGCUUCACCACGGAGGGAAAAUUCCAGGAAAGAAGGCUCCAGCUGUGGCUGUGCCUCUGCUGUUUGCCACCUUUUAUUCCAUGGCACUAUAGGGUUGGGGUGGAGCUGCUGAUUUUCUGCAUAACCCUGUGAGUAGUAAUCAGCUGUUAGCACCUGGCAUUAGCGCAGCAUUAGCUUCAGUAAUGCUGAUCGAAACUUGAUAGAAAUCAGGUCUUCCUGACUUUCUAGAUUUUUUUUUUUUAUCUGGGGAGGGAUGUGGAAGGAAUUUAGCGGUGGGUGGGUCAGGUGUGACUGAUGGGCUGAUUUUCUCAUGUGCUGUUGAAGAAAAUCCUUUAAGCCUAUGCCAAACUGCAGGUACAGCUUACUGGCUCUCAGGUGGGAGGGACUAUUGGGAACUCUUUUUUUUUUUUUUUUUAAGAUUUGUUUAUUUAUUUGAAAGAGUUAGAGAAAGAGAGACGUCUUCCAUCUGCUGGUUUACUCCCUAGAUAGUUGCAAUUGCCAGGUCUGGGCCAGGUUGAAGCCAGGAGUGUCAUCCAGGUCUGUCACAUGGAUGGCAGGGGCCCAGAUACCUGGGCCAUCUUCUGCUGCUUUUCCCAGGCCACCAGCAGGGAGCUGUAUUGGAAGUGGAGCAGCUGGGACAUGAACCAUUGCCAUAUAGAAUGCAGCAUCAUAGGCAGUAGCUUUACCAGUUAUUCCACAAUGCUGGCCCCAGUGGGACGCUGGUAGGUGCAAUGAGCUGGCAGAGGGGCAGCGGUAUGGUGUAUUGAAAAGGAUUUGGAAUUAGCUGGAUGUAGUUUGAAUCCAAACUCUUCUGCUUAUUAGUUUUGUGGCCUAGUAGUAGUUAUUUAACCACUGAUUUUUGAGUUCAUAAUAGUUAAAAUGGGAUUAAUUUAUACCUCCCAGGGAUGUUGUUAGGCUAAUGUAUUAAGAACCCAAUGUAGUUCCUGGUGUAGAGAAAAUGCCCAUUGAGUGGUAAGUACACAUUACUACAUAUCUUUGGUAUUUUAAAUAAUUCCUUACUAGUUUUUUUUUUUUUUUUCCAUGUCUGCCCCAGCUAAACUGAAGAAGGACUUACAUAGCUUCUGGUAGUUUUGUCUAUCAAAUAUAUUUCUGAAUAAUUUCUUUGCCAGCGUUGUAGGAAGCCAUCCUCAGAGAGGCAGACGGGAUGGCUAGCUCAGCCCGGGAGCAUCUGCUUUUUGUGCGACGGCGAAAUCCCCAGAUGCGGUACACACUGAGCCCAGAGAACCUGCAGAGCCUUGCGGCCCAGAGUUCCCUGCCAGAGAACAUGACCCUGCAGCGGGCCAACAGCGACACGGACCUGGUGACUUCGGAGAGCCGCUCCAGCUUAACUGCCAGCAUGUAUGAGUACACGCUGGGGCAAGCCCAGAACCUCAUCAUCUUCUGGGACAUUAAAGAGGAGGUGGACCCCAGUGAUUGGAUCGGACUUUAUCAUAUAGAUGAGAAUUCUCCAGCCAACUUCUGGGAUUCUAAAAACAGGGGUGUGACAGGAACACAGAAAGGGCAAAUUGUGUGGAGAAUUGAGCCUGGGCCCUAUUUCAUGGAACCGGAGAUAAAAAUCUGUUUCAAAUACUACCACGGCAUUAGUGGAGCCCUGCGGGCCACGACCCCCUGCAUCACUGUGAAGAACCCAGCUGUGAUGAUGGGGGCAGAAGGCAUGGAAGGAAGUGCUUCAGGAAACCUGCAUUCUCGGAAGCUUGUGAGCUUUACGCUGUCAGACCUUAGGGCAGUUGGUCUAAAGAAAGGGAUGUUCUUCAAUCCUGACCCUUAUCUUAAGAUGUCCAUUCAGCCAGGAAAGAAAAGCAGUUUCCCCACCUGUGCCCACCAUGGGCAGGAGAGAAGGUCUACUAUCAUCAGUAACACCACCAAUCCCAUUUGGCACCGAGAGAAAUAUUCAUUUUUUGCACUGCUUACUGAUGUCUUAGAAAUUGAAAUUAAAGACAAAUUUGCCAAGAGCCGUCCCAUCAUCAAGCGUUUCCUGGGGAAACUAACCAUUCCCGUGCAGAGGCUGCUGGAGCGACAAGCCAUCGGAGAUCAAAUGCUCAGCUACAACCUUGGCAGGAGGCUUCCAGCUGACCACGUGAGUGGGUACCUCCAGUUUAAAGUAGAGGUUACGUCUUCUGUUCAUGAAGAUGCUUCUCCAGAAGCCGUUGGCACAAUACUGGGAGUCAAUACUGUAAACGGAGACCUGGGGAGCCCUUCAGAUGACGAGGACAUGCCCGGGAGCCCGAUUUGUGCUAAUGGGCCGGUUUCCGAGGAAAGUGCUGCCGACGGGACCCCCAAGCAUUCUUUCAGGACUAGCUCCACUCUGGAAAUAGACACAGAGGAACUCACCUCCACUUCCUCCCGGACCUCACCUCCCCGUGGACGCCAGGAUUCACUCAAUGAUUACUUAGAUGCUCUGGAGCACAAUGGCCCUUCCAGGUCCGGGGCGGCCGCUUGCUCCGAGAGGCCCAUGGGAGCCUCUCCCAAACUAAGGAGUAGUUUUCCCACCGACACGAGACUCAAUGCAAUGCUUCACAUCGAUUCAGAUGAAGAGGACCACGAGUUCCAGCAGGACCUGGGUUACCCAUCGUCCUUGGAGGAGGAAGGGGGGCUGAUUAUGUUCAGCAGGGCAUCGAGAGCAGAUGACGGGAGCCUGGCAUCCCAGACAAAGCCAGAGGACACCCCGGUUGAGAAUGGGGAAGCCUCUGUGCAGGACGCUUCUUCUUUGGAGGAGAAGCCAGAAAAUCCUCCAGAGCUUGCAGACAGCACCUCGGCCCCAGGCCCUGCCCCAGAGGAAAGUGAAACUGGCCCAGAGCCUCUACCCGGUGCUGACCAUGGCAGCUCCGAACUGUGUGGCUCUCAGGAGGUAGACCAGCCCACAAGUGGGGCAGACACAGGGACUUCUGACACAUCCGGGGGUAGCCGAAGAGCCAUCAGUGAGACUGAGUCCCUCGACCAGGGCUCUGAGCCUUCCCAGGUGUCCUCUGAAACAGAACCCAGUGACCCUGCCCGGACAGAGAGUGUGAGCGAAGCCAGCACCAGGCCCGAGGGCGAGAGUGACCUGGAAGGCGCGGACAGCUCCUGCAAUGAGAGCGUGACCACACAGCUGUCCUCGGUGGAGACACGGUGCUCCUCUCAGGAGAGCGCACGGUAUCCUGAAACUCCGGCUUUUUCUUCUCAGGAGGAGGAAGACGGAGCCUGUGCCGUGGAGCCCACCAGCAGCGGCCCUGCCGAAGGGUCGCAGGAUUCCAUAUGCACACCUGUUCCUUUACCUGUGGUUCAGGUGCCUGGUGGGGAAGAGGAAGGACCAGGGGCAGAAUCUGCCACGUCACCUGCCCAGGAGGAGCUGGGGGAGGUCUGGCAGCGGAGGGAGAGCCUGGAAGGAGCCGCUGCAGGUGCUGAGAGCCAACCGCAAGGAGAGGACGAUGCUGGGGAUGCCCACAGCACUUGCGAAGGGGCCACUGCCCAGGAGGAGGGUGCUACUGGAGGUUCUCAAGCCAACGGCCACCAGCCCUUGCGGUCACUACCUUCAGUGCGCCAGGAUGUUAGCCGGUACCAGAGGGUGGAUGAGGCUCUCCCACCAAACUGGGAGGCUCGCAUCGACAGCCAUGGCAGGAUCUUCUAUGUGGAUCAUGUCAACAGGACCACGACGUGGCAGCGGCCCACGGCUCCCCCGGCCCCACAGGUGCUGCAGAGAUCCAACUCCAUCCAGCAAAUGGAGCAGCUGAACCGGCGCUAUCAGAGUAUCCGCAGAACCAUGACUAACGAGAGGCCUGAGGAAAAUACCAACGCUAUCGAUGGGGCAGGGGAGGAGGCAGACUUUCACCAAGCCAGUGCAGAUUUCCGACGGGAGAACGUCUUGCCCCACUCUACCUCGAGAUCCAGGCUCACGUUACUGUUACAGUCUCCCCCUGUGAAGUUCCUCAUCAGCCCAGAGUUCUUCACCGUGCUGCAUUCUAACCCUAGUGCCUACCGCAUGUUUACAAACAACACGUGUUUGAAGCACAUGAUCACCAAAGUCCGGCGGGACACCCACCACUUUGAACGCUACCAGCAUAACCGGGACCUUGUAGGAUUCCUCAACAUGUUUGCGAACAAACAGCUGGAGCUGCCAAGGGGCUGGGAAAUGAAACAUGAUCAUCAGGGCAAGGCAUUUUUUGUCGACCACAACUCCCGUACUACCACUUUCAUUGACCCUCGGCUCCCACUUCAGAGCAGCAGACCCACGAGUGCGCUGGUUCAUCGGCAACACCUGACAAGGCAACGCAGUCACAGUGCCGGUGAGGUAGGAGAAGAUUCUCGACAUGCAGGACCACCAGUUCUUCCCAGGCCAUCCAGUACAUUCAAUACAGUCAGCAGGCCACAGUACCAGGACAUGGUUCCAGUGGCUUAUAAUGACAAGAUUGUUGCAUUUCUCCGUCAACCCAAUAUCUUUGAAAUUCUACAGGAGCGUCAACCUGAUCUCACUAGGAAUCACUCACUCAGGGAGAAGAUCCAGUUUAUCCGAACUGAAGGGACCCCAGGGUUGGUGCGUCUCUCAAGUGAUGCAGACCUUGUCAUGUUGCUCAGUUUAUUUGAAGAAGAGAUAAUGUCGUAUGUGCCUCCACACGCCUUACUCCACCCCAGCUACUGUCAGUCUCCCCGCGGCUCCCCAGUGUCAUCUCCCCAGAACUCACCAGGUACUCAGCGUGCCAACGCCCGUGCUCCAGCCCCUUACAAACGAGAUUUUGAAGCCAAACUGAGGAACUUUUACAGAAAGUUAGAGACAAAAGGAUAUGGACAAGGCCCAGGGAAAUUAAAAUUAAUAAUCCGCAGAGAUCAUCUAUUAGAAGAUGCUUUCAAUCAGAUUAUGGGCUACUCCAGAAAAGACCUGCAGAGAAAUAAGCUGUAUGUUACCUUUGUCGGGGAGGAAGGGCUAGAUUACAGUGGACCUUCCAGGGAAUUUUUCUUCCUGGUAUCCAGAGAACUCUUUAACCCAUAUUAUGGCUUAUUUGAAUAUUCAGCAAAUGACACAUACACAGUACAAAUAAGUCCCAUGUCUGCUUUUGUAGACAAUCACCAUGAAUGGUUCCGGUUCAGUGGUAGGAUCCUUGGUCUUGCACUAAUACACCAGUAUUUGUUGGAUGCCUUCUUCACACGGCCCUUUUAUAAGGCUCUUCUCAGAAUUCUGUGUGACCUGAGUGAUCUGGAAUACCUUGAUGAAGAGUUCCAUCAGAGCCUGCAGUGGAUGAAAGACAAUGACAUCCAUGACAUCCUGGACCUCACGUUCACUGUGAAUGAAGAAGUUUUUGGGCAGAUUACUGAACGAGAAUUAAAGCCAGGGGGUGCCAAUAUCCCAGUGACAGAGAAGAACAAGAAGGAAUACAUCGAGAGGAUGGUGAAGUGGAGGAUUGAAAGGGGUGUUGUACAACAAACAGAGAGCCUAGUGCGUGGCUUCUAUGAGGUGGUGGAUGCCAGACUGGUGUCUGUUUUUGAUGCGAGAGAACUAGAAUUGGUCAUCGCAGGCACAGCUGAAAUAGACCUAAGUGACUGGAGAAACAACACGGAAUAUAGAGGAGGAUAUCAUGACAAUCAUAUUGUAAUUCGGUGGUUCUGGGCUGCAGUGGAAAGAUUCAACAAUGAACAACGACUAAGGUUGUUACAGUUUGUUACCGGUACAUCCAGCAUUCCCUAUGAAGGAUUUGCUUCUCUCCGAGGGAGCAAUGGCCCUAGAAGAUUCUGUGUGGAGAAAUGGGGGAAAAUUACUGCUCUUCCCAGGGCUCAUACUUGUUUUAACCGUCUGGAUCUGCCCCCAUAUCCAUCCUUUUCCAUGCUUUAUGAAAAACUCUUGACAGCAGUUGAAGAGACCAGUACCUUUGGACUUGAGUGACCUGGAAGCACAAUGCCCAGCUCUUUAUGUAAUUUCAGCAAUUUUGGGAACUGCCCUCUAGAAGAAUUACUGAACAUUGGUUUCAAGAGUGCGCUUCAAUUGGAGUGAAGCUGAGUGCUGUUAUAUUGCAGGAACAUGCGCCCUAUCACAUUUGAGGACUGGUGAUGAGUCUUCUUGCUAGGAUUUGGGUGAGCUUGAUGCCCAGGGAACAGCCCAACAGUCUUUCAAUCAACAGUUCUUGACUGCCAAACUUUUUCCAUUUGUUAUGUUCCAAGACACAGAUGAACCUGUACAUGAUCAGCUAGUUCCAUGGUAAUUUUUAGGGACUCAGGAGAAUCUUGAAACUUACCCUUGAACAUGCUUCAAGCCAAACUGGCAGCACUUGGCCCACUCUCCAAAUUAGUGCAAGUUAUAUAAUAUAAUAAAAACAGCUAUAUUUCAUGAAAGUACAUUCAGUUAAGCCCUAAGUUAUAAACAGAAUAUUCUUUUCUUGCUUAUGAGUGCCUGCAUGGUGUGCACCAUAGGUUUCAGCUUUCAUGGGACACGAGUGAAAAUGAAACCAUCAUUAUGAGGUAACUUAAAAGAUUUGCAAUAAGGUGGUCUGUGACAAUGUAUAUGCAAGUGGUAUAUGUGUAAUUAUGAGUGAAGACAAACUUAUUCAAUGAAUUACUAAUGACAGAUUUUAUGCUUUAUAAUGCAUGAAAAAAUUAAAUAUAACUAGCAAUUAAUCACAGCAUAUCAGGAAAAAGUACACGGUGAGUUCAUUUUUUAAUAGGUUCAUUAUAUUUAUGUUCUUUAAGAUGUAUAUAAGAACCUACCUAUUAUACUGUAUGUAUAACCUGUUUCAUUUCCAUGUUCCACGCUUACUCGGGCAUCAUACUAGUGUGUAUUCUUUUAAGCACUCUCAAGGGAACAAAAGGGCCUUUUAUUUUUAUAAAGGUUAAAAAACUCCCCGAAAUAUUUUGCACUGAAUGUACCAAAGUUGAGGGAUAUUACAAUGUGAGUAACAGCAACUCCAUCACUUGACAAGUAUAAUAGAAAAUAGCUUCUAAAUCAAACUUUCUUCACAGUGCCAUGUCUACCACUACAAGGACUGUGCAUCUAAGUAAUAAUUUUUUAAGACUCACUAUAUGUGAUAGUAUGAUAUGCAUUUAUUUAAAAUGCAUUAGACUCUCUUCCAUCCAUCAGAUACUUUACCGGAUGGCAUUUAAUACUGAUAUUUCGUAUUUUCCCCACUGCUUUUUAUUUGUACAGCAUCAUUAAACACUGAGCUCAGUUAGGGAGCCAUCAGCAACACUGAGGAGAUCAGUUCUCUUUAGUAAUAAGAAUCCCAUUUUCUCUCAUCAGUGAAGACAUCACGAAUUGAAACUCUUAGCACUAUAUUUCUAAGCCUGCAUUUUCACUGAUGCAUAGUUUUCUUAUCAAUAUCAGGAAACAGUUUUUCUAUGGAAUCUUUAAAACUGCAUGACAUCAGUAACCUUAUUUCUGCUUAAUUUUAUGACAGGGUAUAUCCUGUUUUAAUUGCUUUUGGGAUUACCCCACCUCAUUGUUUAUUUCUUAACAUAUGGCCAUAACUAAUCAGACGCACAAUACAGUGAAGUUAAAUUGAGGGUAAUAGGAUCAUUGGAUUGACAUUCGGUUUUCCAGCCUAUGGGUUUACAGGCAUUGCUUACACAUUUCUUUAAGAAUUAUGUUUCUAAGUAGCCAUGGAAUUCCCAUUAUGGGAUGUUGGCAAUCUUAUAUUUUAUAGGGGUCAUAUGCAUAGUUUGCUUAGGUGUUUUGUAGGAACUGAUUGCUCUCCUGUGGGCUAAAUUAUGUUUAUUAUUGGGACCUUCAAGAAGAAUGUCACUCAUGUUGCAUUCCUGCAUUAGAGGCAGAUAUUUCAGUGUAGGGGAAUGUUCUGAAGAAGAAAAAAAAGGUUACAGAUAUCUGGAAAUAAAAAGGGGAAGAUUUAUUGGUAUACCAUAAUUGGGGGAAGACAAAAAAAUUUUAACUGGAAAUGUUAGUUUGUACUUAUUGAUCAUGAAUAUAAGUAUAAUUUAAUUUUAAAAACUUUUUACUUGUUUGUAUUUUUUCAUUAUGAAGACAAAUACUAUAACACACUGACAUACUUUUUUUAAAAAUCAUGUUUCUGAUGGCAUGUUUGAUGUUUCAGAGCUGGUGUUCUCUAAGCAACCGAUGUAGAUAAUUGCAUUUAUUUCAAAAAUACAUUGGUAGACUGUGUUACCUUUCAUUUGGAUUUGAGACACUUUGUUACCAUAUGCCAUAUUGCUAGGUAAAAGAGGUUUGAAAUAAAAUGUAUCUCAAUAAUUUCUAACAAAUAUAUUUCUUUGUUAAGGCAACCAACUUAUUCCCAAAUAACUGUUCUCUUUAAUGUAUGCAGACAUUCUUAAUUAGUAUAAUCCUCUAGUUGAUAUUAUUCUCUAAAUUGGGAAUUAUCAAAGAUGUGCUUAGCAUAUCAGAACACCAUGAUAACUUAUCUAUUAUUAUUCAUUAGUAAAAUAAAAGGCAACCAAUAACCAUAUAAAAUAUUAAAUAACAUUUCCACAGACAAAAUUAGACCUUAAUAUAUUCUAUAAUUAAAAAUACCCAUAAAUAUUUUUAUGGACUAUGAACCCAGAUAACUGGGCUUAUUUGCUUUAAGAAAAUCACAAGUGCUGAUCCUUCCACCAUAGACAGUCACAAUAUUAUUCACAUAUGCAGAACAUCUCCUGAAUAAGAGAACAGGCACACCACUGGCAUUUACUCUGUGCAGUCACUGUGUCUGAAAACAGAACUACAAGAUUCUCAGCCUGCCCUCGAGAAGCUCACAAUUGACUAGAGAAGACACCAAAGUUCCAAAAAAGCAGUGUAAGCAAAACUUUGUAAGUUUUACAUUGAAAAAGUGAGGAGAACACAGCUUAUUCCAUGUAGGAGAUUCAACGAUGGCUUCAUCUGUGGGAGAUAGAGUGGCAAAAAGUAAAUCACAUAAAUGUAAUUUCUGUUGAUAACUCAUGGCAUGUGAUAGUGUGCCAAUACUUGUCAAAUGGUGAAACUUAGGGUGCAUUCACACAAGAGGGUUUAAAAUGUGUACAUAGGAGCUGAAAAGUGAAGGAGCUACUCAACACAAGCAUCUUCAAAUGAUCAAAGCAAUGGCAAAAAACAAAUCUGAUCAUUUCCCUCUGUUUCCUUCAUCUAAAUCACAAUGUACCUUUGGUUUUCAAUGUGAAAUAUCCCAGUUGCUGACUCAAAACAACUUCUGGGGUUAAAAUAUUUCUCUUGUACACAAAAUAAAUUGAUUUUGGUCAGAGGAAUGUAGUCACAAUUUUUAUCAUUUAGUAGAAAUUCUGUAAUCAAAGGAAAAUCUGUUUCUCUUGCAUAACAAUUAGAUAUGAUAAAAAUGCAUUCCAAAAAAAUAACAGCACUUGUAUCAUCUGUUUGCAUAGUACUUGGAGUUUCAGAGUGCUUUCAGGUACAUUGACUAUUGAUUCUCACUUUGUAUGAUAGAAGUAUCAAGUCCCAUCUGGGUUGAGGCUAAUUUUCAAGAAUAGCUGGCAGGAUGUUUUAGGACUUUGUAGACAAUUCUGUUUAGUCUCGAGAAAUGUGAGGACUGGUGUUUGUACCAGUAUACUCCAUUUUCAGUGCAAAAUGCCUUGUCUAUCCAAACUCAUUUUCCUAAACAAACGCACUUAAAUUGUAACACCAUCUGAACAGCCUAUGAAGAAAUUAGUACAUUCAUGGAAAAAACUCCCCAAAAACUUAAUGUUUGCUCUUUAUAGUUUGUCAUGAGAAAUUAAAAACAGGAGGCAAAAUUUGGUUGCUUUUGGUAGAUUUAUAUAUAGUAUGGUAGUUCCAUUUUCCCAAAUAUAAUUUGCAAACAAAAUAAUAGGAAAACAGCACUAAUAAGAAGCCUUAUUUUAUU